AUGUACAUAGCACCACCCGGCCAUGACUCCCUCCCUGCCGAGUUGCUCAAGAUCGAUGACGACGAACUCUUCGUCCUGGGACACCUCCAUACCAUCCUCGUCAAGGUGUGGAACGGAGGAGAUGUUCCGCGAGAGUGGAAGGAUGCAACCAUCAAGGUGCUGUACAAGAAGGGUGACCGAUCCAACUGUAACAACUACAAGGGGAUUUCACUACUAUUUCACGUAGGCAAGGUCCCCAUCAAGAUCAUCACCAACCGUCCAAGCGCCUUCUGCGAAGCCAACAACAUCCUCCCGGAGGAACAGUGCGGAUUUCGUUCCGGGCGAUCCACCGUCGACAUGCUGUUCGUCGUGUGCCGCCUCCAGGAGCUGGGGCGGAGAAAGAAGAGACCGCUCUACAUGUGCUUCGUCGACUUGAACAAGGCGUAUGAUUCGGUGGACCGAGAGAUGCUAUGGAAGGUGCUGGCCAGGGCCGGGAUUCCAGCGAAGCUGAUCGAAGUCAUGCGCCAAUUCUACGAUGGAAUGCGGGCCCGUGUGCGCAUGGACGACGGAGAACUAUCGGACUGGUUCUUCGUGACACAGGGCGUGCGACAAGGAUGUGUGAAUGUUGUUCAAGAUCUUCUUCGUCGAGGUCCUCGAGGUCGUUGUCAUCCGAUUCAGCGAGGAUGAUGUUGUUCUGCGGAGCCUGAUGUGCUUGGAGGAGGGGAAGACGGAAGCGGGGGGGGGGGAGGAGACACCCCUUGACCGAGUACGGAGGGCAGUAUGGGGGAUGCUGUAUGCCGAUGAUGCCGGCGUCGUAUCGAGGUCUGCAGAAGGACUGGCGAGAAUGAUGACCAUCAUCGUUGAGGUGUUCGGGGAGUUCGGGCUAACGGUGUCGGAGAAGAAGACGGAGACGCUCCUGAUGCGCGCAAAGGACAAGCCGACUACAACAUCACAGCCCGCCCCGCCUCCACCGCUGACCAUCGAAGCCGCGGGACAGAAAUACGCCCAGACGACCGAGACCGGUACCUCGGUGGCCUCGUCAACGAACAUGGCGAUCUCACCCGGAAGAUCGACUACAGGAGCAGAGGAGCGUGGGCGUGCCUCAGGUGAUAUGGCCGGGAGCUCUUCGACAGACCGCAAGCGCCAUUCCGACUCAAGACCCGCCUGCUCCAGGCGGAGGCGAUGGAGGCACUGCUGUACGGCUGCAUGACAUGGUCACCACUC